AUGAAAGGGGUCAACCAAACUGGCAGUGUCUCUGAGUUCAUCCUCCUGGGACUAUCCUCCCGGCCCGAGGACCAGAAGCCGCUCUUUGCCCUGUUCCUCGUCAUGUACGUGGUCACCGUGGUGGGGAACUUGCUCAUCAUCCUGGCCAUCCGCUCUGACCCUCAGCUGCAAACACCCAUGUAUUUCUUUCUCAGCAUCUUGUCCUUCGUUGAUGUUUGCUACACAACCACCAUCAUUCCCAAGAUGCUGGUGAACUUUCUGUCAAAGAAGAAGUCCAUCUCCUAUGCUGAGUGUAUGGCUCAGAUGUAUUUCUUCUUGGCUUUCGCCAACACAGAAAGUUACCUUCUGGCAGCCAUGGCCCUCGACCGCUAUGUGGCCAUCUGUGACCCCUUCCACUACAUCACCACCAUGAGCCCCCGCCGCUGUGUCCUGCUGCUGGCUGUGUCCUGCUCCAUCUCUCACCUGCACUCUCUCCUACUAGUUCUUCUGAUAACUCGGCUUCUCUUCUGCAACUCCAAUGUUAUCCACCACUUCCUCUGUGACAUCAACCCUCUGCUGAAAUUGUCCUGCUCCUCCACCUUUGUCAAUGAAAUCGUAAUUAACACAGAAGGACUGAUAACCUUGGUGACCCCCUUCAUAUGCAUUGUCAUCUCCUACAUACGAAUCCUCCUUGCUGUCCUUAAAAUCCCCUCCGCCGCUGGGAAGCAUAAAGCCUUCUCCACCUGUGGCUCCCACCUCACCAUGGUGACCCUCUUUUACGGCAGCAUAAUCUACGUUUAUUUCCGGCCCCUGUCCAGCUACACCGUCAAGGACCGAGUGGCAACAGUCAUCUACACAGUUUUGUCCUCCAUGCUUAACCCGUUUAUCUACAGCCUGAGAAACAAAGACAUGAAGGGCGGCCUGCGGAAGCUGAUGGGCAUGAGGAGGUCCUAG